AUGAGCGACGCCGCUGUCACCGCCGAGGCUGUCCAGCCUGAGGUCGCCGCCCCAGCCGAGUCUGUGGACCAGUCUGCGCCGCCCAAGGAAGAGACCACCACCGCUGAGCCAAGCAAGGAGAGCGAGGAGAAGAAAGAGGAACAGAAUGGCGCCGAGGCCACCGAGGUCAAGAAGGACACAUCCAAGCCUAUGCUAAAGACCACUGGCACUAUUGAUCGCAACGCGCGCGCCAACCUCAGCAAAUUUGACCCCAAUGUCUUGCCUGAGACGGAUGACCCUGUUGCCAUUAGAGCCCAGGUCGAGUUCUACUUCUCAGAUAGCAACCUAGGACAGGACGAGUUCUUGUGGAACCUCACUGGCGGGCCGCAGAACAUCCCGGUCAAGGUCAAGAAGAUCUGCAGCUUCAAGCGCAUGAAGCGCUUCCAACCCUACGACGCUGUCAUCAAAGCACUGAAGGAGAGCUCGUUCCUGGACAUCUCUGGCGAGGCUGGAGAGGAGGAGAUCACUCGCAAGGUUGCGUAUGACACCAACAGACCCCGCAACAAGACCGAGGCGGCAUCUGUCUACGUCAAGGGAUUCGGCGACGAGGAGCCGUCUACACAGUUCGAUAUUGAGGCUUUUUUCACCAAGUUCGGUGCCGUUAACUCUGUGCGCCUGCGACGCACUGCUGAGAACUUCUUCAAGGGCUCUGUCUUUGUCGAGUUCCAGGACGAGGAGAACGCCAAGAAGUUCCUGGAGAUGGACCCUGCGCCCCAGUGGAAGGGCCAUGAGUUGAAGAUCAUGACCAAGCGAGCCUACGUCGAUGAGAAGACCCAGCUCAUCAAGGAGGGCAAGCUCCAGCCCAGCGAGGCCAAGCCACGCUUCUACGAGGGCAAGCUCUCCGGCAACACCAGAGGCCGUGGUGGCCGUGGCGACUUCAAGGGCCGCAACUUCGACAAGGACGAUUGGAAGACGCGCCGGGAGCACGAUCGCAAGAACGGCUUCAGGGAUAACCGUGGCGGCAGAGGUCGUGGUGGUCGCGGAGGGCGAGGUGGUCGUGGCCGAGACAACCGAGACUACCGCGACAACCGUCGGGAUGGCGAUCGGUCUGAUCGCAGACAUGACGAUGUCAAGCCUACCAUCCAGGCUACUAACGAGAAGGGAGAGCCCGUCUCCGAGGCGAACAACAAGCGCUCUCGUGACGAGGAUGCUGGUGGUGAUGACCGGCCCGCCAAGAAGGUUGACGCCAAGCCUGAGGUCGCUGCUGAGGCGUCGUGA